AUGUUGCGUAAAGAUAUCUCAAGAAUUCUUUUAGAUGACGUGACAUUAAAUAAUUUAAUGGACUAUUCAACAUUUCAAUUUAUCCAUAACAAAAAUCCAGUAGUUCACAAGUUUUGCUUAAUGUUGAUAACAUUUGACCAUAGAUGGAUUGAAUAUUCGACAGAAGAAGAAAAGUUGAAUAUUUAA